AUGUUAAGAAAUGUCAGUGAUUUUGUGCGGAAUGUGCUAAAGAAAACAAAACAAGUGAAGGAUAUUUGGAUGGAUGCCUUUGAAUCUGCACCGUCGGAUUCAGCUACUGUUGUUGAUGGCUAAACCACUUUCAUUUUCUUUGUUGGAUUCUUGUUUUUGGCAUGGAAAAACUUAGAACUACACAGUAUACAUAAUAUUUGUGAACCAAUUAGAAAAAGCAGAAGAAAAGAAUAUUCCUAUGCACUGCUGUUAGCAUAUCAGGGCAAGAAAUACAAUGGUAUGCAGGUGCAAAAAGAUUUCCCCACAGUUGAGGGCGAAUUGUUCAAAGCGAUGGCUAAAUGCCGAUACAUUUCUGAAGAUGAUGUUCUUAAUCCUGUUCGUUUUUCAUUUCAAAGAGCUGCUAGAACAGAUCGUUCCGUAUCCGCAGCGCGGCAGAUGUGCUCGAUGCGGUUGGCACCAGAAAACCACGAAUAUUUUCUAAAAACAGCUACUGAUAAAUUGAACGCAUAUUUACCUGAGGAAAUUCGGGUUUUGGGUAUUAGAACUUACGAAGACCGAAGCAACAUGCGAUAUAUACAUGAUUUCAAAUGCGGUCCAACACAACUUGUUGAAGAUCAAGUCCGGGGUGAUAUGGUUGAAUUUAUUACUCUUUAUAUCACUGGACAAAGCUUUAUGCUGCAUCAGAUUCGGAAAAUGAUCGGGAUGACAGUGGCAACUUUCAGGGGACUGUGUAGCAAAACUGAAGUGAAAAAUACAUUUCUGAGUGAGCGAAUGGAUGUACCAAAAGCACCCGGUCUAGGUUUAGUAUUAGAUAAAGUACACUACGAAAGUUACGACAAAUGGUACGAGAAAACACACGAGACAUUGAAUAAUUGGGGUGAAGAAACUGAAGCGAAAGCUGACGAAUUUCGACAACUUUAUAUAAUUGCAGAAAUUUACCGUCAGGAGCUUGCUACUCACUCGAUGUUCUUAUGGUUAACUACCUUAAUAAAGCACGACAUAACGAUACCCGGAAUUACAAGAUACUCAAAAGAAAGAUCACCAUUGGGAUUAGCUUCCGAUCGUGCAUAUCUUGCAAAUGCAGAAUUGAAGGAAGUGAAAAAAGAAAAACAAAAUCAGGUGUUCACUGAAUGUGAGAAAGAACGGAAAGAUGAUGUGACAGAACUGAUGAGGAAGGAUUCGGAUUCACAGUCAAGAGAAAAUUCAGAAGGAAGUUCCACAGACACUAUAACUGUUGAUAGUACUUCUCCAAAAGAAAUAUUGCACUGUGGAGAGUCCUGA